CAACGACCCUCGUUUUCCACCGCCGCCGCAGAGAAAGGAAGCGACAGAAUCGCAGACGGACACGAUGAACGGACCAAUGUCGAGGCUGGGGGAUCGCCAGCAGAAUGAGAUGGAUGCGCAGACCAUGGAUGCGCAGACCAUGGCUGCUGUCAAAGCUGUAAGUCUUUUCUCGUUGCGAUGAAGUUAUGGAUUUUGGGAUGUGUGUGCUAAUGGUUACUUUGCGAUUGUAGAUGCAGACUGUUAUGGAGAGUUGUCCUGGUGUAUGUACUUGCGAUUGCCCCCGCUGUGGAUUUAUGGAUACUUGGGAAGGAAUUUCAACCAGAAUUCUAUUUCGAUAGAGUUGACAGGAUAUUGAGGGGCGGAUAUGUUUUGGGAACGAAGAGAAUACUGACAAGAUCUCUCGCAGAAAACAGUAAUGUCAGGCGUGAUGGGGUUCGCCCUCGGCGGAGCAUUCGGUCUCUUCAUGGCAUCCGUAAGUCCCCAACCCUCCUUCCUCAAAUCCAUCCCACUAACUACCCCAGAUGUCCUACGACACCCCUCUCCACGGCACCGGCGCCUCAGCAGCCAUAACCUCCCUCCCUCUCCGUCAACAGCUCAAACAAGGCUUCAAAGACAUGGGCUCCCGCUCCUUCUCCUCUGCGAAAAACUUCGGAAAAGUAGGCGCCAUUUUCUCCGGCACAGAAUGUUGUAUCGAAGGCUACCGAGCGAAGAAUGAUCUGGCGAAUGGUGUUAUGGCUGGUUGUAUCACAGGUGGUGUACUUGCUGCGCCUGCGGGACCGCAGGCUGCUGCUGUGGGAUGCUUGGGAUUUGCGGCUUUUAGUGCGGCGAUUGAUUCUUAUAUGAGGCAGCCUAAUGAUGGAGAUUAGAUGGGAGCCAAAAAGGGAGAGGAAAUGAUACCAAAAUGGGACUGAUGGUUAUGUGGGAAUAUAAUUUAGGGAUGGAUUGUAUACUAGUUGUAUAUUUGGGGCAUGCGCAUUUACGAUUCUUGCGUUGGAGUUUAGGAGAGGGAAGGUAGAUUGGUCUGCUUUUCAGAUGAUGCCCAUGAUAGAAGAAGAAAAUCUGGGGCUUGGGUGUAUAUAUACACAUGAAAUCUCAACUAAAAU